AUGUCCUCAACAAAUUCAACUUCCAAUAAAAUUCCAGAACAGAUAGCCGUAAUAUAUGUGCAAACUACAUACAGCACGAUGGAUCACAUUCUCCGAACUGCCUCAUCAAUACAUUCGCUAUUAUCCGGUCCUUCCAAUCCGAGUACAGCCAGGGAGCUCCUCACAAAAACAAGUCUUUUCAUCCAAAUAGUGGAAGCUAGCCCGUGUGCUCAGCAUCUACCUAAAUAUGAUACGAAUGUCGUAAAGCUGCAAAUCAAUGAUCUUGAACGAGAAUCUGCCGAUACUGGAAUGCCGCUCACUAUUACUAAUUAUUUUACGAUUGUGGUGAGAAAAAUGCUCGAGCAAGUGUUGCAGAUUUUUUGCAAGAUCAUUACUCGGUAUCUAACAGAAUGUGGGAACAAAGAUCGAUUAGUGUUGAUUGCGCUGGAGCACCUGAUUCAUUUGGUACUGUUUGGAGAUGAGCUCUGCCUGGAAGCCAUACAGGUAAAGUUCUCUUGACA